AUGACAUCCAAACUAACCACCGCAAAAUACGGCAAAGAUGGUGUCAAGUUGUUGAGAAUACUACGCAACGGCGACUGGCACGAUAUUGCAGAAUACACCGUGACGGUCUUGCUACAAGGUGACAUUCACACUUCCUACACGUCAUCAGACAACUCAGUGAUUGUAUCAACCGACUCAAUCAAGAACACCAUCAACAUCCUAGCUCAAAACUCCCAGCAUGUCCUUCAACCCGAAUGUUUUGCUCUGGAGAUAGCCCUCCAUUUCCUAAACACAUACGCCCAUAUCAACAAAGCCGAGGUGUGCGUUGUCAAGCACCGCUGGACGCGUAUCUGUCCGAGUAGCAGUGUACAGCCACAUGGACACAGCUUCAGACGAGAUGGUGAUGACAAGCGCACAGCGAGUGCACUAGUAGAUGCAACGGUUUCUUCAGACACCCCUUCUAUUGAAUUGAAAGCGGGGUUGAAAGAUGUCCUUCUACUAAAAUCGACCGGUUCCUCUUUCGCGAAUUUUAUCAUAGAUUCCUUCACCACAUUGAAGGAGACGGACGACAGGGUGUUUAGCACUGUUGUCGACUGCAGCUACACCCUCAACGCACCACAAAAUGUUUCAGAGUGCUUCGCCCUUGCUUCUGCAUUCGAUGAGAUUGCUCAGGGUGUGCGCGAUAUCACCUUGGAUACUUUCGCACUCGAGUUUUCUGAGAGUGUCCAAGCAACACUCUUUAGUAUGGCGCAGAAGAUAGUUGAAUAUCACCAAUUAGUUGAUAAUGUCAACUACAACCUCCCUAACAAGCACUACAUUCCCAUUGACUUGUCUUUCUAUCAAAUGAGUGUCGGUAUGACCAACGAUGUACUUCUGCCUACUGAACUACCAUCGGGGUUGAUUUGCGGGAGUGUUUCAAGAUUGUAG